CCUCUGUGGCCGCGAGGUAACUCAUACAUCUUUAAACUGACGGUCCUACUGCACGGGUGAGAAACCUCUGCAAACUUUUGGACUACAACCAUGAAACUGAUACAUGACUCAGAAGAGGCGAAGGCCGCUAGAAAGAUUCUCAAACCUCAAAUCGAGAGACGUCGUAGAGAGAGAAUGAACCACAGUCUGGAAAACCUAAAGACUCUCCUGCAUCUUCAGCGACAGGAGGAAAAUCAGCGCAGAUUGGAGAAGGCAGAGAUCCUCGAGCACACAGUUCUCUUCCUUCAAAAAAUCACUAAAGAAGGUGCUGAAAAAAGAGGAGCCGAAGAGAAGCAAUCCUUUCAAGACGGUUUCUCCACCUGCCUCCAGAGGGCAGCACAGUUCUUGGGACCUCAGGGGAAGGAGCUGUGGCUCGGAGUAGCUCUGCAGGACUCAUCUUCGUCCGCUCAUGUUGCAUCGAGCCACUCUCCCUGCAGCCAAACGUCACCGCUGCUUCUCAGGAACUCGUCCAAGCCCGUCGUCCGCCUGUUGGUGAACAAGUCCGGACACACGCUGCAGUUUGUGCCUGCGUCGACACCGAGCAGCUGCGUUCAGAGUCGGAGAGAACUCAGUUUUUCUCCGCCUUCUACUCCCCAGCAGUCGCAGAAAGCCGUGAGCAGGAGCAGCACACAUCUUCCACAGCCGACGAGUCACUCCCUGUGGAGACCCUGGCCUUGACCGCCUGGACAUAAGUGACUCUGAAACGCCACAGAACCAGCGUUUCUCUAUUCCUGCGUCUUUUCUUAUGGGACAGUGCAAUGUUGUAUAUAUUGUAAAUUAAUCAAAAAUCUUCCAGCUGCUUCUAUACUGCCUGCACACGAGUCACCUCGUGUAGAAUGUCGUUGACUGAUGUAUUUUUGCACCUUAAUUUAUUCUAUUUGUCAUUUUCUAAAUAAAAAAUGAAAAUUACUAAAAGCGUGAGUUUAUUGAUUCCUCGUUAGCACGCGUCCAGGUGUGUAACCUGCACGUGAGCACGAAAAGGCACCACGCAGCGGCCGUUCACACUAUUUUGACACAAACCUAAAUAUUUAACGUGGUGAGAUCGAAACAGCCCGAACACAUGCAUAUGAAGGAGGCACACGACUCACACAUCACCACAGGGGGGUGGAAGAGAUGCGUUUAAGACAGUUGAAUCAUUGGGCAGAAGUGAAAAGUGUCAGUUUAAGAACGGCUAUAUGCGCAACUGGUAAGGAGUCAUUCUUCGUAACUCGAGCAAUUGACUUGUCAAUUAAAAACGUUUUAUGCACUGAUGUGACGUCACGUAUGAAAGCGCAUUUACACAAUAGCAAAUUUGGGGGAAAAGUCACUAUAAAAUGCAGAGUUUGGAAACAUACACGGCAACGUAAAACAUAACCGUAUGUACUGUAUGUAUCCCGCAAAUGAAGCCUAAUGAGUUAAUGUGUGUAACUUUUUUCGACACUGAAACAACUCAAUUCGAAUUCAAAUAUAGGCUACAUACAAGACACGAAACAAAACAAAACAUAAUCAGUAGUGUGUGUUUAGCUUCGAAUGCCGACCUUCUUGGACAGUAUUUUGCAACUAAAGGAAGAAAAAAAUUGUCAUUAUGCCACACAAAUAUAAACAUGUGAGUCAGUUCUUUCCACUUUUCGUUUUAAUAUAUCUCCCUGCUGGGACACUACAUCCUGUCAGUACUAGCUCAUUUGUACAUUAAAAAAAAGUAGACGCUUAGUCGUUAAGGACAAAGGCGUUUGAAGACACACGGCGUGUGCCGUGUGUCUUCAAAGUCUGCUGGGCCUCAUUUGCACACUAGUCGUCGGGGAGUGGUGAGUGGUGGGAACCGCUGGACGUGUCCGCUCCCCGUGUCACCACCUCGCACCGAUGUAUCAGCUUUAGCAGGUAGUAAAGUUGUAAAGUUCGGUGCCAUUUCCUCUGUUCUCACGAGAAAGCAAGAAACCACUGGGAACAUCACCUCUACCUUCUUAAGACACCUGGAGGGUAAGUGUUAAAUCAUGACGCAUUCACGUCUCUUUUUGUUGUUGUUGUAAUUUACAAAUCCAGUCAAAUCUAUUGGUAUUGCCACAAAUUCACAAAACACAUUUGUCUCAAUGGACUUGGGUUCUUGUUUCAAAGAAGGAAACAGUAGUCUUAUGAAGGUCACUUCUUCAGUUUUUACCCCCUUAAAUGUAAAUUUAAAAUACAACAAACGAAGUACUUUUCUUUGAUAUUCACUGGCGCGUGCAGAGUAGACGCUAGGCACGCGCAAACGGCGGCCGACUGCGCAUCAAAGACAACACAGCCUCGUGAAUUACAUAUCAAAGACUGGAGGUGUUUAGACAAGGUGUGAAGACAGAAGUCAGUCUGAACCUUCUUAUGUGAAGACCUUGAACGCAUCUGUCAAAUGCUUUACAUUUUAACAAGUUGAAGAAAAUACGCCUCUACUCAAAGAUGGACUUGAAUGUAAACUUGUAAAAUGCGACAUGAUUUGUUCUGAGUUAGGAAUUAAAAGGUGUUUUAGUCAAUUAUUUUUUUAAAAAUCCAAUCGUCUUAAUUUGUAUAAUUUCGCAAAAUAUUUUUUGUUGAUUUGUGGCGUGUUUCCCCCACAUUACAUGAAGUACUUUUAUAUAUAAAUUAAUCAAAUUAAACAAAAGCAAAUAUAUAUAUAUGCAAUCAUCAUUAAAUUAAAACAAAACUAACAAGCUUCAACGGUCCUUGUGAAGAUUCCAAAAUGUCAAUGUCUCUUGUUCAAAGCUUUUAUUCACGUUAACCAUCGACCAUAUACAAAACAAUAUGAACACCGAACUGAGGACAUGAUCAGGACACACACUUGUACCCAAGUCACAAAUGCAACUAAAAGAAACGUCAUCCUAAUUUUAUCAAAAAUCAUUUAAUUGUAUACAUCAACAAAAUUUUGACAUUUUUCUUCAAAAUAUACAGACAAAACCAUACGACUUGACGUUUCUGCACUAACCCGAGUGCAACCAGUAAGUAGACAGUGUAGUAAGACAUCAUACUGUGGAUCAAUGACAAAAUGACGACGGACAAAGAUCAUGUAAACUGACAGGCUGUUUAUCUCAGCCGUAACAUCUGCGAAUGUUGCCACGUAGAAAUAAAAAUGAAUUAAAACGUAAAGCAAGAAAA